CCAACUUGGGCAAGAACCGGAUAACAUUCCCCACACGUGUCAUACUGUUGACCACGUACUCCUACAAUACAAUCAGUCAAUCACACAGAUAUGGUAAGAUAUCAGCCGUAUCAAUGUUUUCCGAUAUCUUUUUUCGAAAAUAAAUACCACCUCCGAUUCCGGUUGCUCCCAUCAUCUUCACCGGAUUUCGGGGCAAUCAGUCAAUUCAAGGGAGUGAAAAUGUUGACUAGGGUUAAUCUGACUGUGAUUUUGAUGAUCUGCGCCAUCGCAAUCUCAGCCGUCGGUGCGAAGAAUCAUGUCCAACUUGGUGCAUCUCCCCCGACAUGCAAACGGAUCGAGUGUCCUGUAUAUGAUGUGAUCGAAUCUGGCAAGGACUAUGAGAUUCGCCGCUACAGUUCCGCCAUGUGGAUGUCUACAGCUCCCAUUGAUGAUACCUCUCUUGUUAAAGCUACCCAGACCGGCUUCAUUCGGCUAUUUGACUACAUAUCAGGAGAUAAUACCUACCAUAAGAAAGUAGAAAUGACAGCCCCUGUAAUAACACAAGUGAAACCGAGCGAUGGACCUUUUUGUAAAUCGUCGUUUGUGGUGAGCUUUUACGUUCCGAAGGCGAACCAGCAGGACCCGCCUCCAUCACCAUCCCUACACUUGCAAAAGUGGGGAGAAACAUACGUAGCCGUGAGACAAUUCGGCGGGUAUGUCUCGGAUUCUGACGUUGGGAAGCAAGCGGCAGAGCUGAGUGCUAGCCUUAAUGGGACAGUGUGGCUGGACGCCAUUAAAAAAAGCCACGCCGGAGAAAACACCACCUUGUACACGGUGGCGCAAUACAACUCUCCGUUUGAGUUUGUAGGGAGAGUGAACGAGAUAUGGGUGAAGUUUGAUAAGAUCAACACGUUUAUAUUCUGAUCUGCAAUUUGAGAGGAAGAGGUUGCUACUAUGUAAAUAUUCAUGCAAUAAUACAUUUUAGCUCCCUCUGAUCAGGCAUUCUGUUGGAGCUUUAUUUAUCGCCUUGAUUCCUAAUAUAUUGCUUUAACU